UUAGCUAGAUAUUUUGUUAGCUAUAUAUAUAUAUAUAUAUUGGAUACCUUGUACGGGAUAUAUGGACGUGAUGGGAUUGAUAUAACAGGCAAAAAAACCUAAGCUAGCAUCAACAUCUUUUUUUAAAAGUGCAACUAUGUUCGGUCGGUCACGGAGUUGGGGAGGAGGACAGGGGAAAACAAAAAAUAUUCUCCUGGACCAUCUCAAGUAUAUGUACCAUGUCCUGACUAAGAACACCACGGUAACCGACAGCAACAGGAACUUGCUGGUGGAGACCAUUCGCUCCAUCACUGAGAUACUCAUCUGGGGAGACCAGAACGACAGCUCCGUCUUUGACUUCUUCCUGGAGAAGAAUAUGUUUGCGUUCUUCCUGAAUAUCCUUCGCCAGAAGUCCGGUCGCUACGUCUGUGUCCAGCUACUCCAGACGCUCAACAUCCUGUUUGAAAAUAUCAGCCACGAGACGUCGCUCUAUUACCUGCUGUCCAACAACCACGUCAACUCCAUCAUCGUUCACAAGUUUGACUUCUCAGACGAGGAGAUCAUGGCUUAUUAUAUCUCCUUCCUGAAGACCCUGUCACUCAAACUGAACAACCACACUGUCCACUUCUUCUAUAACGAGCACACUAAUGAUUUUGCCCUGUACACCGAGGCCAUUAAGUUCUUCAACCACCCGGAGAGCAUGGUCCGUAUCGCAGUCAGAACCAUCACACUGAACGUCUACAAGGUGGACAACCAGCACAUGCUGCACUACAUUCGAGACAAGACGGCGGUCCCUUACUUCAGUAACCUGGUCUGGUUCAUCGGCUCCCACGUCAUAGAGCUGGACAAGUGUGUUCAGACAGACCAAGAGCAUCGUAACCGGGGGAAGCUGAGUGACUUGGUAGCAGAGCAUCUCGACCAUCUCCACUACCUGAACGAUAUCCUGACGAUCAACUGCGAGUUCCUGAACGAUGUCCUGACAGACCACCUGCUCAACCGUCUUUUCCUGCCUCUCUACGUCUUCUCUCUGGUCUGCCCUGAGCAGUCUGACGAUCGUAAGAUCAACCCUCAGGUGUCCCUUAACCUACUGUCACAGGUGUUUCUCAUCAUCCACUACCAGCCGCUGGUCAACUCUCUGGCUGAAGUCAUCUUCAACGGAGACCUGUCUGUCUUCACACAGCACAGAAACGCAGUCAGCGCAGGCGUCCGUCGCUUCACCAAGCCUCCUGAGUCUCUGGAGCGGUCUCUGGAGCUGUCCUGCAAUCGGGGCCGCAAGCGAGCUCAGAAACGCCCCAACUAUAAGAACCUGGGAGAGGAGGAGGAGGAGGAGGAAGAGGAGAGGCCGGGGGGAGGAGAGGAGGGCUUGGAGGACAGCGAGAGAGCGAGGGAGAAGGCUAAAGGUACAGAAGGGAGCAGUAAGGGAAGCAGCAGGACAAGUGGGGAGAUGGAAGAGAUAGAGAUGGUGGUGAUGGACAAGGGGAAAGAGACGUUGUCGUCGACGACGGAACAGAAUAUCACCGACGAGGAGAAGACUGCUGCCGCUGCUCGCACACAGAGGAGGAGACCGUUCCUAGACAUGGUGUACAGUGCUCUAGAUUGUAGUGAAGACGAUUACCAUGCUCUGUUUGUGCUCUGUCUUCUCUACGCCGUGUCACACAGCAAAGGUAUCAACCGUGAGUUGUUGGAGAGGCUGCAGCUACCAGUCCCAGACCAGGAGAGGAGCUGCUACAGCCAGGUGUUGGUGGAGAGACUCAUACGAGUGAUGAACGUGGCCGCACAACCAGAUGGUAAGGUACGUCUGGCUACUCUGGAGCUGAGCUGUCUGCUGUUGAAACGGUCCGUCCUCUCCUCUUCCUCCUCCUCUUCCUCCUCUCCUGCUCACUGCAUCAUCAAGGACGUACACCUGGCCUGUCUCGAGGGAGCCAGAGAAGAGAGUCUGCAUCUCCUACGGCGUUUCUAUAAGGGGGAGGAGAUCUUCCUGGACAUGUUUGAAGAUGAGUACAGGAGCAUGACGAGUAAGCCCCUGAACGUGGAGUACCUGAUGAUGGACGCGUCCGUUCUACUUCCCCCUACUGGUACUCCUCUGACUGGAAUAGACUUCGUUAAGAGACUGCCCUGUGGAGGAGUAGAGAAGACCAGACGGGCCAUCCGUGUGUUCUUCAUGCUGAGAUCGUUAUCUCUUCAGCUGCAGGGAGAACCAGAGACACAGCUUCCUCUCACUCGCUCUGAAGACCUCAUCAAGACCGACGAUGUUCUGGACCUAAAUAACAGUGAUCUGAUAGCCUGUAUGGUUGUCAGUAAGGAAGGAGGUCAGGCUCAACGGUUCCUGGCGGUGGAUGUUUACCAGAUGAGUCUGGUUGAACCUGAAACUAAACGGUUGGGCUGGGGAGUGGUCAAGUUCGCUGGUCUGUUACAGGACAUGCAGGUGUCUGGUGUAGAGGAUGACAGCAGAGCUUUAAACAUUAUCAUCCACAAACCCUCGUCCAACCCCUGUACGCUGCCCCUCCCCAUCCUGCAGGCAAACUUCAUAUUCGCCGACCACAUCCGCUGCAUCAUCGCUAAGCAACGCCUGGCCAAGGGCAGGAUACAGGCCAGACGCAUGAAGACACAGAGGAUAGCAGCGUUACUCGACCUUCCUGUCCAGCCCAGUUCGUCAGAGGUUCUGGGCUUCGGCCAGACAGGAAACACUGCUGCCGGCGGUCAACUCCCUUUCCGCUUCUACGACCAAUCACGUCGAGCGCCCAACGACCCCACCGCACAGAGAUCUGUGUUCGCCUCCGUUGACAAAGUUCCAGGGUUUGCGGUGGCCCACUGUGUAUCUCAGCACAGCCCGUCCCCCCUCUCCUCCCCCUCCCCCCCCUCCUCAGGCAGCACCGGACCAUGUGACUCUGUUACAGCCAGUACGAUAUCAGCCAACAGCCCUACAGAUGAGGAGACGUUCUUGGAGCACACCCCUCCUUCGUCCUCCGGUGGAGAGGCAGGAGGAAGAGGAGGAGGAGAGUUAACCGGUUCCCCUGUCCCGUCUGUCCUGGCCCCCAGCCUCACCCCUGCCUCCCAGCCUAACAUCUCUCUACUGACCGACGACAACACAGACUCUCUGAGCGUCGAAUCACUGACCCUGCUGCCCCCCGCUGACCACCUACACGCACUCGGCUCACACACACACCUCGGCUCACACACACACCUCGGCUCACACACACACCUCGGCUCACACACACACCUCGGCACUGAUACGGCUAUCAGGGAGGAGGAGGAGGAGGAGGAGGAGGAGGAGGAGGAGGGGCUAGAGAAGAGAGAAGGGAAGGAGCCAAAGGAGGAAGUGGAAGGGUCGGCGAUGGAGGAGGAGGAGGAGGAGGAGGGGCUAGAGAAGAGAGAAGGGACGGAGCCAAAGGAGGAAGUGGAAGGGUCUGCGAUGGAGGAAGAGGAGGAGGAGGAGACUGAAACCGAUACAACAAUUCAAGAGACAGCUGAAGCAGAGAUGGGAACGCCUACUGAGCAAGACACGCCCCUAGAGGCAGAGGGAGACACACCCCUUUCUUCUGAGGGAGACACACCCCUUUCAGCUGCAUCAGAAGGGGAGGAGACUGGUCAGGACACACCCACGGGAGAGGAAGCAGAGAAAGACACACCUCCGAAAGAGGACACACCCACCGAAACAGCGUGAUUAAAGAGGACACACCCACAGAAACGCCAUGAUUAAAGAGGACACCCACCGAAACAGCGUGAUUAGAGGACACACCCACAGAAACAGCGUGAUUAAAGAGGACACACCCACAGAAACACCCUGAUUAAAGAGGACACACCCACAGAAACACCCUGAUUAGAUGACACACCCACCCUGAUUAGAGGACACACCCACACCCUGUAUGAUAGGAUAGGAGAGUAGUCCCGCCUCUCUAAAAUCACCCCUCCCUUUCCAGUUGUUUUGACCAGCUCUCUGGUUCCUCCCACUAGAUUCAGCAGCCUGCUCGCGCAUGGCUAACGACCAGAGGAGUGUGGAUCCCUGUCUCUGUCUCUCACACAGCAGUAGAGAGCAGAUCCCUGUCUCUCACACAGCAGUAGAGAGCAGAUCUCUGUCUCUCACACAGCAGUAGAGAGAGCAGAUCUCUGUCUCUGUCUCUCUCACACAGCAGUAGAGAGCAGAUCUCUGUCUCUGUCUCUCACACAGCAGUAGAGAGCAGAUCUCUGUCUCUCACAGCAGUAGAGAGCAGAUCUCUGUCUCACACAGCAGUAGAGAGCAGAUCUCUGUCUCUCACACAGCAGUAGAGAGCAGAUCUCUGUCUCUCACACAGCAGUAGAGAGCAGAUCCCUGUCUCUCACACAGCAGUAGAGAGCAGAUCCCUGUCUCUGUCUCUCACACAGCAGUAGAGAGCAGAUCCCUGUCUCUCACACAGCAGUAGAGAGCAGAUCCCUCUCUCUCACACAGCAGUAGAGAGCAGAUCCCUGUCUCUGUCUCUCACACAGCAGUAGAGAGCAGAUCCCUGUCUCUCACACAGCAGUAGAGAGCAGAUCUCUGUCUCUGUCUCUCACACAGCAGUAGAGAGCAGAUCCCUCUCUCUCACACAGCAGUAGAGAGCAGAUCCCUCUCUCUCACACAGCAGUAGAGAGCAGAUCUCUGUCUCUGUCUCUCACACAGCAGUAGAGAGCAGAUCCCUGUCUCUGUCUCUCACACAGCAGUAGAGAGCAGAUCCCUGUCUCUCUCUCUCACACAGCAGUAGAGAGCAGAUCUCUGUCUCUGUCUCUCACACAGCAGUAGAGAGCAGAUCCCUGUCUCUGUCUCUCACACAGCAGUAGAGAGCAGAUCUCUGUCUCUCACACAGCAGUAGAGAGAGCAGAUCUCUGUCUCUGUCUCUCUCACACAGCAGUAGAGAGCAGAUCUCUGUCUCUGUCUCUCACACAGCAGUAGAGAGCAGAUCUCUGUCUCUCACAGCAGUAGAGAGCAGAUCUCUGUCUCACACAGCAGUAGAGAGCAGAUCUCUGUCUCUCACACAGCAGUAGAGAGCAGAUCUCUGUCUCUCACACAGCAGUAGAGAGCAGAUCCCUGUCUCUCACACAGCAGUAGAGAGCAGAUCCCUGUCUCUGUCUCUCACACAGCAGUAGAGAGCAGAUCCCUGUCUCUCACACAGCAGUAGAGAGCAGAUCCCUCUCUCUCACACAGCAGUAGAGAGCAGAUCCCUGUCUCUGUCUCUCACACAGCAGUAGAGAGCAGAUCCCUGUCUCUCACACAGCAGUAGAGAGCAGAUCUCUGUCUCUGUCUCUCACACAGCAGUAGAGAGCAGAUCCCUCUCUCUCACACAGCAGUAGAGAGCAGAUCCCUCUCUCUCACACAGCAGUAGAGAGCAGAUCUCUGUCUCUGUCUCUCACACAGCAGUAGAGAGCAGAUCCCUGUCUCUGUCUCUCACACAGCAGUAGAGAGCAGAUCCCUGUCUCUCUCUCUCACACAGCAGUAGAGAGCAGAUCUCUGUCUCUGUCUCUCACACAGCAGUAGAGAGCAGAUCCCUGUCUCUGUCUCUCACACAGCAGUAGAGAGCAGAUCCCUGUCUCUCU